AAGUUGCGCAGAGCUGAGCGUAGCUCCAGUGAUCUUAGGCUUGUUUUGGGUGAAGUUUGAGGCAAAACUGUCGAAAGUUUGCAUUUUUCCAUGCAUAGUGAAGCGCGGCUGGAAAAUAUCAUAAAAAUUUCAAUGAAAUCUUCAGAUUUCAUCAGUUUAGAUGUGUUUUAGUUGGCAUUCUUCUGGAUGAUACACUCGAGGAUCAUUAUUUUUGUUGGCUUAUCUCAACCUGGUGUAAGUGAAGCGAAAGAGUGAAAUAACUUGCACCAACAUAAACUCAAGGAGGUGAUCUGGACUGUUUGUGGUGGUGGCACAUAAGCACGUGUUGUUUUUGUUUUGUUGUAACCAGUUCUCGAUGCGCAUUGCGUAAGUUGAAUAAAUGUUCGAAACAUAGAAACGUGAUUCGUCGGUUGUGAACGCGUUACACCAUCAAUUGAGUGUUUGUUUACAAAUAGGAAAAUUUGUAUAAUAAUAAGCGUAAUUUAGGUGGAUUUUCAAUUUCAUUGACCUGAAACAAUAAGACGGUUUGAAUGAAAUACGAAAUCAGUUAUCCCAGCGAUACCGAAACGAUGGGAAGCCGCGCGCAGUCUGUGAUUUGUGACAAAGUGCUAGCCGGCCUGCCGCAGCUCCUCGACGAUUUGCAGAAGUUAUCCGAGGACCAGGACACAGCGGAUGUGCUUUUUAUACUGGGCAUUAACGAGGAUCGCAUCUACGCUCAUCGGAUUAUCUUGAUGGCCAGAUGCAAAUCGUUUCAAACUCAAAAACGUGGAGAGAUUUGCCGAAUCCCUGGCAGCUCAGUGGUUCCGUCUGCGCCCGGAACUCCAACCACCAUCCGAUUGCCGCAUAUCGCAGCAGAUAUUUUUCGCCAAUUCAUUCUUUAUGUUUACACUGCUAAGAUAUUGCUGCAGGACUCAAAAGUUUUUGAAAUGAUGAUACUGGCUCAGGAUCUAGGGGUUGAAGAAUUGAGAAUUGCUUGUGAGGAGCACGUAAAAACAGCAAUGUCCGUGGCCAAUGCAUGUACCUUUCUGGCAGCCGUGAUGGAAAUACAGGAGAAACCUGCAGGAGCCAAAAUCGCGCCUCCUUUCUUGGAUAAGUGCAUCACAUAUAUCGCUGAAAAUGCGUCUGAAUGUUCAAAGACGAACGCAUUUCUCAAUCUUACGAAGGAAGGUCUAAUCCAGGUGAUCUCGUAUGAUAACCUUGGUUUAGAAGAGGAGGACGUCUGGCGAUGCGUACUGGCGUGGGCUAAGAACCAAGCAGGAGUCACACAACCCACCGCCCACUGGACCGAAGAAGAACGUCAACGAGUUUGCCAACAACUGGCACCGGUGAUUUCCCACGUGCGACUCUUUCUCAUCGAUAGCCAGGUGUUUGCGGAAGAAGUUGAACCUACGGGAGCGGUGCCGAUAGAACUUUCGUUGGAACGAUACCGGCGAGCAGCACUUCAUUCGAACAAACUACCACCGGCUGCGAUGCCAAUUCCAGCGGGACCUCUUGGCGAACAUGACAAAAGACUCCAACCACGACUCAUGCUCAAUUUGUUCCACGGUUCAACGAUUUUAAAAAACGACAAAAUACAUUUACAGGGAACAUUGAAUGGUUGGUACGGAGUUCAUAAACAAACGUGGCGGUUGGUCUAUCGAGCCUCAACAAACGGAUUCACUGCUUCAUCCUUCCACAGACAUUGCGAUGGCAUCGCUCCACUGUUCAUAAUAGCUCUGGGAACACAAGGUGCUAUCAGCGGUGGAUUUACAGAUGUGGCAUUUGCUAAAUCAAAUCGCAAAGGAGGAUACAUUCAUUCGGAAAAAGCUUUCCUAUUUGCCUUGAACCAUAAUAAUGAACCACCGACUAAGUAUGACAUUAUCAAGAAACCCUACGCUAUAUGCUAUCAUCCAGAUUGCGGUCCGAUUUUCGGUGCUGGUGCUGAUAUGCUAAUUUCGAACAAUUGCAACGUCAGCAUGGAAUCCUACUCAAAUUUCCCGCAUUCGUACGAUGGACCGAACGCGUCGUUCGGAAAUCUUUUCGGUGAUUACAAUUUUUCGAUAGCUGACUACGAAGUGUUUACGUUGGCUCCGUCAACUGCACCACCAGGUAUUAAAAUCAAACAUGAUCGAUAUCCCUGAGAUUAACGUUUAGGCCGGUAGAAUAAAAUUGAACUGCGAAGCUUUGUUUAAGUAAUAUGACUGAAAUACUGCGAGAAUAGCAUGAUUGAUCUAAACUCAUAGAAUAACUAUUUUGAAACGCAGAAUAUGACCUAAUUUUAUACAUUUUAGAAUUAUUUUCUACUUGUCAA